AUGGCCUCCACGAUGCUCAAACCCGCAACGCAGCCCCCUCCCACAUCGCACGUCCUCCUCACCUAUCCCGCCCCCCAUGUCCUUCUCGUUACGAUAAACCGCGAGCGCCAAAUGAACAGUAUACCCUAUGCCGGACAUACCGAAAUGGGUCAAGUGUUUGAUUGGUACGACCGCGAGCCGAACCUACGCGUAGCUAUUAUUACGGGUGCAGGCAAGAAGGCAUUCUGCGCGGGGCAAGAUUUGAUUGAAUUAGGAAAGAUCAGGCAAGGUACGAUUGAGAGGGAUGUUGCGAAGCAAAGGCAUCCGUUGAGCGGCUUUGGCGGGAUUAGCAGGAGGGCAGGCAAGAAGCCGAUAAUUGCGGCGGUGAAUGGGUUUGCGCUUGGAGGUGGAUUUGAGAUUGUACUGGGUUGUGACAUGGUCGUCGCCUCGCCCUCCGCUACCUUCGGUCUCCCUGAAGCCCUCCGCGGUAUCUUCGCAGGCGCCGGCGGCCCACCCCGUCUCGUCCGCAAUAUCGGACUUCCACUCGCUUCCGAGAUGGCCAUGACCGGCCGCCCUAUAACUGCGCAACGAGCGAAGGAGCUCAACCUCGUCAACCGUAUCUCGCCCUCUGCCGACACAGUCGUAGACGAAGCGCUCAAACUAGCAAAUGAGAUCGCAGCCAUCAGUCCCGACGCGGCGAUUGUGACGAGGGCGGCGUUGAAGGAGGCUUGGGAAAAUGGAAGUGUGGAGCGUGCGACACAAUUGGUUAUUGAGAGAUACGAGCGGGAAUUGAAUACGGGCGAGAAUGCGUUGGAAGGGUUGAAGGCCUUUGCGGAGAAGCGGAAGCCUGAAUGGAAAGCGAGUAAGCUGUAG